CUCCAGGGGGUUCCUAUCCCGGCAGCCCUCGCGGCGCACGGGGUCCUUGGCGCGCUCAGCUGGGGCAGCAACGUGCGAGCCAUGCCUAAAUCCAAGCGGGACAAGAAGAUUUCCCUAACAAAAACCACAAAGAAAGGUUUAGAAGUCAAACAGAGUUUAAUAGAAGAGUUGCGGAAAUGUGUGGACACCUACAAAUACCUCUUUAUCUUCUCUGUUGCCAACAUGAGAAACAACAAGCUGAAGGAUAUCAGAAGUGCCUGGAAGCACAGCAGGAUUUUCUUUGGGAAAAACAAAGUUAUGAUGGUGGCACUGGGACGGGGGCCUGCUGAUGAGUACAAGGAGAACUUACACCAGGUCAGCAAACACCUAAGAGGUGAAGUCGGUCUCCUGUUCACCAAUCGUACCAAAGAAGAUGUGAACGAAUGGUUCUCUCAGUUCAAAGAGGUGGACUUUGCCCGUGCAGGUAACAAGGCAACAUUCACAGUGAGCCUGGACACAGGGCCCCUGGAGCAGUUUCCCCACUCAAUGGAGCCUCAAUUACGGCAGCUGGGAUUGCCAACGGCUUUGAAAAAAGGAGUCGUGACCCUGCUUUCCGAUUACGAAGUCUGCAAGGAAGGGGAUGUUCUGACCCCUGAACAGGCUCGUGUCUUGAAACUCUUUGGCUAUGAGAUGGCAGAGUUUAAAGUGACCAUCAAGUGCAUGUGGCAUUCUGAGACUGGAGACUUUCAGCAGUUGGUGAAAGAGACAGAAGAAACCUCAGAGAUGGAGGAAGAGGAGGACGAUGACGAUGAAGAAAAUGACAAUUAACUGAAAAACCCGCUAUAGGACAUUAGAGACAGUUCGUUCUAUUUCAAGAAUAGUCCACUGAAGCCCAUGGGUACUCUCCCUCAGGUGCAGCAGGACAAAGUUGAUCAACCCACAGACUUGCUAUUUAUCAAAGAUGAUGCAAAUGGUUUAUAUAUAAAAUUAAGUAGAAAUUUGGGAUUCCUGCCUGUGCCGCCUCUGACCGCCUCUUUAAGCAUCCCUGGGCUAGGAGGAAAUGUGCAGAACCUGAAAGCAGGCUAAAGUAAAACCCUUUCCACUCUGUG